AUGCCCAGAGUGUGGAAUGCCGAGGCGGACGCGAAGCUCUUCUGUGGCGUACUAGCCCAGUUGCAGGACACAAACACCAGACUCGACUAUGAUGCACUGGCCAAAUACAUGGGUCCCGACUGCGUCGUAGGCGCUGUAAAGAACAGAAUGAACAGGCUCAAAGCCGCUGCGAGGUCUGAGGGGCCUACGACCCCCAGCGUCGAAUGCGCUUCUUCUCCCGCCUCUGUCCCGGAUUCCGCAUCGCCGCCCGUCAAGCGCAAGUGGACCCCUGGCCCUCGCAAGCCGCGCUCCAAGAAGCCAAAGAACGAGCAGAGAGAUGAAAAUCCUCCCAAGAUGGAAAUGGAUCCACUUGGUUUGAAGGAAGAGGGCGAUGAAGCCCUUGUCGUCAAAUACGAAGAAGGGGGAAAGGAGGAUACUUUCAUCAAGACCGACCCUGAGGAAACCGAGGAUGACCCCUCAGUGGAUGUUUAA